AUGGAUCUUACUGGUAUUCUGUUGCUUCUAUUUGGGUGUUAUACAGCCAUGACUGCUAUCUGCCCUACUGACUGGCAGCGAUACGGCGAGUCAUGCUAUUUGCUGAUGAUACAACGUAUGAACUGGACUGAAGCAAAUGAUACCUGCGUCAACUCAAAUGCAGCUCUAGCUGUGCCUAACUCGAAGACAGAACACACUUUUAUCUGGUCCAUGUUCCUGGAAUUCAUCAAUGGGAGUGAGUCAGCUAAACAUCUCUGGAUCGGUUGUUAUUUCAACCAGGAGGCUAGGGGAUGGCAGAACUGUCCAAUGAGGAACGAGUCUAACACCUAUGAGAAUUGGAAGAGAAACAACCCAGAGCAUGACGAGCCUGCCACGGAUUGCGUUGCUAUGAACUGGAAACACAAUGGUCAAUGGGUUGACAACCAGUGCGCUUGGAAAUAUUUUUCUGUCUGUGAGCUCCAAGUUGACACCACCCCUCACUCAUUCUGCCUUCAGACCGGUACCGAUGGUCGCAUCAAGUCCCAGUGUCUGGUCGGUCACGUCAUGAAGGAGCUACGGGCUGAUGGUGUGGUGUCGUGCGGGAAUGCGUGCCGAUCAGAGCCCCGAUGUCGCUCCUUCAAUCUGCUUAUGAAGCAAGGUCCAGGGGAUAUGGUUUGUCAGCUGAACAACGCGACUCGUCAUGAAGCGACUGUUGUGAAUAUGAUGAAGAAUGAAAACCGCUUCUAUUUCGAUCCGUAG